CGGUCUCGUCCAAUCCCCGGCUCUACCUUGGUGACGUCCUGCUUACCCCGCCUGCGCACCCUUCGAGAGGGAAGAGGAAACUGAAACACAGGGGGAAAAAAGAAGGCGGCGGAGCUCGGGGUCACGACCUCUGACCUCUCACCGAAGGAGGAAAAAAACGCAAAAACAAACAAAACAAUCGUAAAAAUCACGAUUUGAAGAACGGAGGAAAACUCCGGAGUGGAGCCUAGGACCAGUCGGGAGCGGAGGGGGAUGAGGCUGUAAGACGGACCUCCUCCGUAGCGAGGUUCAGGAAACUUCAGUGAUGACCAGCUCCUCACAACGUAUCCAGAUAAUCUCCACAGACUCUGCGGUGUCAUCUCCCCAGCGUAUUCAAAUUGUGACCGAUCAGCAGACAGGUCAGAAGAUACAGAUUGUAACGGCUGUAGAGUCCUCCGUGUCCUCCAAGCAACAGUUUAUCUUGACCAGUCCAGAUGGAUCUGGAGCCAGCAAGGUGAUAUUGGCGACACCGGAGUCUCCCAGUCCAAAGCAACUUAUCUUCACGACAGAAAACAUUGUGCCUGGGAGAAUACAAAUUGUAACAGAUGCAGCUUCGGUGGAGAGACUCUUGGGAAAGGCAGAAGCGCAGCGUCCGCAGAUUGUAGAAUACUGCGUGGUUUGUGGAGAUAAAGCCUCCGGUCGCCACUAUGGGGCUGUUAGCUGCGAGGGAUGCAAAGGCUUCUUUAAAAGAAGUGUUAGGAAGAACCUGACGUACAGCUGCCGCAGCAGCCAAGACUGUGUCGUCAACAAACAUCACCGCAAUCGCUGCCAAUUCUGCCGGCUUAAGAAAUGUUUGGAGAUGGGAAUGAAAAUGGAGUCGGUUCAGAGUGAACGGAAGCCAUUUGACAUCCAGCGAGAGAAGCCAUCGAAUUGUGCAGCGUCCACGGAGAAGAUUUACAUCCGAAAAGACCUGAGGAGUCCACUUAUAGCAACACCGACAUUCGUCUCUGACAAAGAUGGAGGGAGGCAGUCUGGACUUUUAGACCCUGGAAUGUUGGUGAAUAUUCAGCAGCCUAUACUCCGAGAAGAUAGUACUGUUCUUCUGUCUGCCGAAUCAAAGGCAGAAACAAGCCAGGGGGGACUUGGAACCUUGGCAAAUGUUGUAACCUCGCUUGCUAACCUGACAGAGUCUCUGAACAACGGGGAUACUUCUGAAGUCCAGGCAGAGGACCAAUAUUCUAAUGAAAUCACUCGAGCAUUCGAUACUUUAGCGAAAGCACUUAAUACGGCAGACGGCACUAUAGGACCGAACGUUGCAGAAGGAAUGGAACCUGGACACGGAGGGAACAUUCAUAUACUGAGCCGGGAUCAGGCUACUCCUAUUUUGGAGGUGGAAGGGCCCUUGCUGUCAGACACACACGUCACAUUUAAGCUAACAAUGCCGAGCCCGAUGCCGGAAUACCUGAACGUGCACUAUAUCUGCGAAUCGGCAUCCCGCUUGCUCUUUCUCUCCAUGCAUUGGGCAAGGUCCAUUCCAGCUUUCCAAGCCUUGGGACAGGAUUGCAACACAAGUCUUGUGCGAGCGUGCUGGAAUGAGCUUUUCACACUGGGUCUUGCGCAGUGCUCACAAGUCAUGAGCCUUUCCACCAUUUUGGCAGCUAUUGUCAAUCAUCUGCAAAACAGCAUCCAGGAAGAUAAGCUUUCUGGAGAAAGGAUAAAGCAGGUGAUGGAGCACAUCUGGAAACUCCAGGAGUUCUGUAACAGCAUGGCCAAGCUGGAUAUUGAUGGAUAUGAAUAUGCUUAUCUUAAAGCUGUGGUUCUCUUCAGUCCAGAUCACCCAGGCCUUUCCAGUACGCCGCAAAUUGAAAAGUUUCAAGAGAAGGCACAAAUGGAGCUUCAGGACUAUGUGCAGAAAACGUAUCCCGAUGACACGUACAGGCUGGCCCGGAUUCUGGUGCGGCUCCCUGCACUCAGACUGAUGAGCUCCAGCAUCACAGAGGAACUCUUUUUUACCGGCCUCAUAGGUAACGUUCCCAUCGACAGCAUCAUCCCGUACAUACUGAAGAUGGAGACAGCCGAGUACAACGGGCAGAUAACAGGGACCAGCGUGUAGCCGCAAAUGCAGCUCAUUGAAGGAUCAAUCACUUUUAGCCUACCUUCCCAGGGUUUAAGAAAACCCAGUAACUUUUUGGGGAACACCUGCAUUAACCCCAUUCAGGUAUAAAUGCUGACCUUCCCCUUUUCUCCCUCAUCCAUGGAUUGUUUUUCUAGCCCUACCGAAGCACCCCAUUACCAGCCAUAGCCAGAGAACCAGGUAGGAGCCUAGAUGUUACUCUACAAAUAGUUUGGAGUCCUCCAAACACACUAACACGCUUUUGUAGCAAAAGAAUAUCCUUAACAGUGAAGAAGAGAAGAGAUGGUAUCGCCGGUACCAAGAUUAAUUUCGGGCAGGUAAUGAGAAGGUAACCAUCCUGUAAUUGCCAUUUUUAGGGAAUUUAUGGGACAUUUCAUGAUAAAAAUCUAUAUUUGCUGCCCUAUAUGUUCUGGCGUUGUCAGAAGGGGAUACGUUUUUGGAUGGACUGUUGGAAUCGCAAAGCACUCUCCUUAUCACUUAUAUGAAUAUAUGAAU